AGGCUAGGAGGCCCCCGCUACCUUCUCUCCACCUUCCCACUCCUGACCCCGGAAGGACUCCGCCCCCGGGGCCAGGCUGCGGCUCAGCGCCGGGCUGCGGCGGGGAAGCAGGCGUGGACCGGCUGCACUGGGCCUGGAGCACCAGAUAGAAGAGGAGUCAUGUCAGAAGAAACAGUGAGUGAAUCACAGUUUUCCUUGAAGACGGCAGCACUGAGAGUGUUUGAUCUUCCUCUAUCUUGGUACUAUUCUUUCUGCCAGAUCAAAUUUUCGCCAGUAGCUAAAAAGUUAUUCAUGGUAACUGCAGUGAGUGCUGUAUCUGUAAUUUUUCUGGCCCAUCACUUUAAAAGAAGACGUGGAAAAAAGAAAGGAAAAAUGUUACCAUGGGAACCAGAGCACCUCAUACUUGAAUACACUAAAAGAGCAGCAUCAGACAAAGGUUCAAGUUGUUCCAGUAGCAGACAGAAUUUGACAUUAUCUUUAAGUUCUGCCAAAGACAAAGGAUCUCAGUCUUGUAACUAUGCUAAUGGAGGACUCUUCAGUAAAUACUCAGGUUCUGCACAGAGUUUAGCCUCUGUCCAGAGUGUCAAUUCUUGUCAUAGCUGUGCUUGUGGGAAUUCUAAUUCCUGGGACAAAGCAGAUGAAGAUGACAUUAAACUUGUUAAUAUUCCUGUGACGACUCCUGAGAACUUGUAUUUGAUGGGCAUGGAAUUGUUUGAAGAGGCAUUGCGUCGAUGGGAACAAGCUCUAACCUUUCGAAAUAGACAGGCUGAAGAUGAAGCCUGUGGUUCCAUUAAAUUGGGUGCAGGAGAUGCCAUUGCAGAAGAAAGUGUAGAUGAUAUUAUUAGUACUGAAUUUAUCCAUAAACUUGAAUCUCUGCUGCAGAGAGCCUAUCGUCUGCAAGAGGAGUUUGAAGCUACCCUGGGGGCAUCUGAUCCUAAUUCCCUUGUUAAUGAUACUGAUAAAGAUACAGAUAUCACCAUGAAAGGGAAUGCGGAUGACUUCGGCCUGAGAGACACCUUGAGUGUUGCAUCAAACGAUUCUUUUGCUUCAGCAGCAGAGCUUGCAGAACACAAAGAAGUACGACAUACCUACAGUCUGGAGUCUCUUUGCCACUGCCCUUUUUACGAAGAGGCCAUGCGUUUAGUUGAAGAAGGAAAAAUUUACUCGAGAGUGCUUAGAACUGAAAUGUUGGAGUGCCUAGGAGACAGUGAUUUUCUUGCCAAACUUCACUGUAUUCGACAGGCUUUUCAGGUAAUUCUUUCAGAAACAGCCAACCGGAUAUUCCUUGCUGAGAGUGGAAGGAAAAUUUUAUCAGCGUUAAUUGUAAAAGCACGAAAGAAUCCAAAGAAGUUUGAAGAUGUUUUUGAUGAAAUGAUCUAUUUUUUAGAGCAGACCGAUCACUGGGAUAAUACUGAAAUGGAACUUGCUGCUAGAGGAGUAAAAAAUCUAAACUUUUAUGAUGUUGUUUUGGAUUUUAUAUUAAUGGAUUCCUUUGAAGAUUUAGAAAACCCACCUACAUCCAUACAGAAUGUAGUAAAUAAUCGCUGGCUAAACUCCUCCUUCAAAGAAACUGCUGUGGCUUCAAGUUGUUGGUCAGUGUUGAAACAGAAAAGGCAACAGAUGAAGAUCCCAGAUGGAUUUUUUGCUCAUUUUUAUGCCAUUUGUGAGCAGAUUAGUCCUGUCCUAGCCUGGGGCUUUUUGGGUCCUAGAAAUUCUCUCUAUGAUUUAUGUUGCUUCUUCAAGAAUCAAGUUCUUUUCUUUCUCAAAGACAUUUUUGAUUUCGAGAAGGUGCGCUAUUCCAGUAUAGAGUCUCUGGCUGAAGACCUCAUGCAGUUGCUUAUUCGCCGCACUGAACUUUUAAUGGCCUGUCUCGGAGCUGAUGCCCUGAGGCAUACAAGUAGCUGUUUAAGUAGUCAUGUUCCUGUUAUGCCCAGUGGCCUAUUAGAAGCCAAAGUACAAUAAGUAACAUAAAAAUCAGACAGUUUGCGUGUGCUAUGAAAUAUUUUAAGGUAACUAUUAAUUUUGUAACAUAUAUUACACAGAACUGGUGGAUAUGGACUCAGGGAGGAUUAAAAAAACCUUGUAAAGGAUGAGUGAUUGUACUGUACUUACACAGAAGUUCUGUCAUUGAAUCCCUGUGUGGUGUAUCCAAAGUGUCUUUUUACAAGCUUUAGGGAAUAAUUGUUGUGAAAUGUUGUAUAUUUUAUAGAAAUAUUGCUUGAAUUGAAACCAGUACGUGGGAAUUAAUCGAUUUGUUGUCUUCAAGCUGUCUGAAAUGUCCAGUUUCAUUCUCAAAAGCUUUGUUUUUAUGCUUCACACCUUGAAGAUAUGUACUUUAGCCAAGACUUUUAUGGCCCACACAUGUAAGAAUAUGUUACUCCUAGUGUCAGUGAACUUAACUUUGCCUGAAAAUGUAUUUUUAAUUGUAAAGUUAUUCGUUGUUUAAUCUAGUUUAGGCAGUAGUGGUGUUUAACAUGUACUGCUUACAUCAUUGCUUGUGCAUUUGCUUAAGUAUUUGAAUCAAAGAAAUUGUAAUGGCCGAGUAUUGUUAUAAAACAUUUAAAUGAAUUGCCACUGAGAAGUUUACAAGUUUAUAUCAGAUUUACUGAAGUUUCCAAAAUAUAUUACUGUUGGUCCCAUAAGUUACAAUAGAGAGACUGAAGAAAUUUCUUUUGUCUUGGUAUAGGUAAGAGAAUUUCCCUUGAAUGAAUAUUGAUUAAAAAUAUAACAUUUGUUAACUAUGACAGCAAUUAAAAUUUCUCCCAUGUAUUUUUGAGACUACCUCCCAACAUCCUAAGGUAUUAAUUUUGACUUAGUAAAAUCAUUUCUUCUUUCUCCUUCUACAAAGAGAACUUAGCACACUUGAGAGUUUGUCGUAUUAUGCCCAUAUUUUUGAAAUAUUCAUUGACACUUUGAAUCUUAGGGAGGUCUUAAAGAAGAUUUUUCCCCCCCCUGAAUAUAGAACAAAAUAUUUUUUAAUGGUAUGGAAGUAUGUUUUCUUGUCCUUGGUGAUAAAUAUAUGAACAAAUGGGUUGUUUGUAUGAAUAAGGAUCUGGAGUAUAUUAGAUACUUUCACAGUUGUUUUAAUUUUGUGUGUAAAUUAUAUACCACUUAUUUAGAGUGGCUGGCUCAGUAUAACAAUGGAUUAGAUUUGUUGAUUUUGCUCCUAAAGUGAUCUUUAUUCAUUUUGGGAGUGAGUUAUCCAGAAGGAUCUAAAAUAUAUUUUUUUAAAUGUAUUUUUAGAUUAAAGUGCCUAGUUUCUGAUUAAUGAGUAGAAAAUGAAAAGUGGGGAAAGAAGCAUAAUCUUUUAAGGUUUUAAGUUUAUGUAUGUGCCAUAUUUAUGUAAUACUAGUUACAAAAUAGAUUCAGAAUCUUUAUGCUAUUUGCAUGUACUAUAUUCCAUAACAUGUAGGUUACAGCAGUAAACAAUAUGAAAUAUUGCUGUAAUAUUUUUUGAGUAUGUAGCUCCUUGAUUUAUCUUACAUGUAUUCUUAAUUUAAUACUUGACUGUUCAUAAUUCUUAUUAUUAAUGGAGGAAUAUCUUUAGAUAUAUCAAAGCUAAAAAUUCCAUUAUAUAGUAUUUUGUAUUUUAUUUUUUAAAUUCUGUAUUUUGGUUUCUUGUUGAGGUACCACUGACCUUGAAUGAUUCACACAUAUACACAUGUCUGCACAUACCCAUCCCUAUUAUUGUGUAAGCAAGAUAGUUAUUGCUUAGGUUAAUUUUCCUGUUUGAAGGACUGAAUGUUUUAAGCUGUGGUUUUAUAAGCAAAGCUAUAAGUAAACUUACUUUUUUAUUUGAGUAGAAUAUUGUUUGAAAUCUGUUUCAAAGAAUUGCACUAUUUAAUAAUGCUGCUAGUACAUGAAACAACUCUGGGGAAUUUAUUUCAUCAGAUAAAAUGAAUGGCUUUCCAGAAGUUGUAUUUUUCUCUUUUAUACUUCACCUUAAAAAAAAAAUUGUCCAUGUUUAAGAGAUUGAUUUGUCAUGUUCAGUGCUUGAGGUUGAUUAGUUUCUCUUCAGUUCAGAAGCUACUAUUUUAGUAAGAUGCUUUCUUUGUGGCCUUUGACACAAGAGACAAGAAUGACCAAAUAGAUUUUUAGGGUAAUGGGUAUUAAAAAAAAAACUCUCUAUUGUAAGGGAAUAAACUUGACUUUUCUACAGAAACGUCUCUUAAAAAUGUUUCUAACCACUGAAGAGUACUUAAGGUGUAUGUUCCAAUUUCAAUUUGCCUUGAAAUUGGGUUGAACAGAUAAAGCAAUGUUUUAAAAAGUUAGUAAACAAGUCUAGAGCCUUUUAGAAUGAAACCCUGUUUAACACUUGCUCAUGGUAGUAGUAUCAGAAGAUUGCCUUUGCCACCGUGAAUCCGACUGUCUGCUUCCCUAUAUAAAUUACAAGAGGACCUUGAAUUAAUCAUGAGAAAAUGGAUUUUUUUUUCCUCCUAUUUUCUGGAGGAAAAAAAAUGAGUGUUCAGGUGAUUUCUAUUUGAUAAUUUUUCUUUCUCCUUUGGCUUCUCGAUAUCUUUGUUCAACUAAAAGGCUAGUUUUUCUUGAAGGAUUACAAUAUGUUUAUUAAAUAUCAAAAUGAGAUUCUUUUUUAAAAAGAAGGCAAGUUUUUCAUACUGUUAUAGUCAGCGCCAAAGAACUUUUUCCUUCCCAUAAGUAUUUUUUAUUUGCAUGUUUGAUUCUAUUAAUUUUUUCAAUUAACUCACUUUAUAAAAAAUAUUUGCAAACUUUUUCUUGCCUUAAGAUGUAAUAUUUUCCACUUAAAUGAUUGCCUGUGGAUGAUUAUCUGCAUUACAAAAGAAUUCUUUAGCUUAUCAUUCCUUUAAACCUGUGAGAUAGGAAUGCCAAAGUAACAUUUAACAUCUUUGUGACCUUUCAUAAUCAGAAAUUUUAAAUUAUGUUCAUAACAUAAUUUGCUUUUAUUUCAAAGUGAACACAUAUUAGGGAGUUAUUUGGAAUAUGUCAAUACAUUUCAAAGUGAACACAUAUUAGGGAGUUAUUUGGAAUGUGUCAAUACAUUUCAAAGUGAACACAUAUUAGGGAGUUAUUUGGAAUAUGUCAAUACAUUUCAAAGUGAUUAUAAGAAUGACACUAAAUUAAAAAAAAAUUUUUUUUUGCUUGGAUUAACCAAAUUUAGAAAUAUCUCUGUGUGUGAAACUGAAGAAUUUAUAUAAUCUGUGAUUAAUGGAAAUAAGGGCAUCCUUUCUUUGUUACUUGUGUUUAUAUUGUUGUUUUGCUUAGUUUGAGAACAACUGUGUAUUAGCUUCACUUGGCUGAUAUCCAUAAGUGUGUCUAUUUCCUAAGUGUAAAGACUGCAUUCAUUAAUUUCUGUAAAAGUAAAACACUACGGUAGCAGUAAAAAAAAUAGCACUGACUCUUUAGCCAAAAUAAGCACUGUUACAUGGUAUUUCUGUAUUGCCAAAUAAAAAAGUGAUGGUA